AAACUUGCAGCUGCUCACUUUUCAGACUAUGCUCUUGUUUGGUGGAAUAAGUUUGCAAAAGAGAGAUUGAGAAAUGAGGAGCCAGCGGUGGAAACAUGGGCUGAAAUGAAACGAAUCAUGAGGAAAAGAUAUGUCCCUUCAAGCCAUGCUAGGGAUGUAAAAUUUAAACUUCAAAAACUUACCCAAGGCAGCAAGAGUGUUGAGGAGUAUUACAAAGAACUUGAGGUGCUUAUGUUGCAAGCCAAUCUUGAGGAGGAUGAAGAGGUAACCAUGAUUCGAUUUAUUAAUGGUCUAUCUAAUGAUGUUAGAGAUAUUGUAGAACUUCAGGAAUAUGUAGACAUGGAAGAAUUGCUGCACAAGGCCACUAAAGUUGAGCAACAACUCAAAAGGAAAGGGCUUGCAAGGAAGAGUUCUACCAAUUCCAAUUCAUCUUGGAGAGACAGAAUGAAGAAUGAAGGGCCGAGCACCCUUAGCAAACCAGCCACCAAACCACAAGCUUCAGCUUCUUCAAAACCUCUUGAACAACCAUCCAAAAAGAGCAAAGAGGUCAAGUGCUUCAAAUGCCAAGGUAUGGGACAUUAUGCUUAUGAAUGUGCCUCCAAAAAGACCAUGAUUCUUAAGGAUGAUGGAGACUACACCAGUGAGUCCGAAGGAGAACAAAGUGAAGAAGAAGAGGAGGCAGCCAUGAAUGGUGAACUGUUGAUGAUCCGAAGAAUGCUUGGUAGCCAACAAAAGCCAAAGAAAGAAAGCCAAAGAGAGAAUAUCUUUCACACAAGAUGUUCUGUCAAUGGGCAGAUUUGCUUGAUGAUUGUUGAUGGCGGAAGCUGUACUAAUGUGGCUAGUGAAAGAAUGGUGGAGAAGCUGAACCUGGUCACAAAACCACAUCCUUGGCCAUACAAACUUCAAUGGCUCAGCCACUAUGGAGAAAUACAAGUAAGUAAGCAAGUUGAAGUUGACUUUUCCAUUGGCAAAUACAGGGAUAAGGUUCUUUGUGAUGUUGUUCCCAUGGAGGCUAGUCACAUACUGCUGGGAAGACCAUGGCAAUAUGACACCAAGGAUUAUGAGGAUGUGUUUCCAACAAGUGUUCCAAGUGGUCUACCACCACUGAGAGGAAUUGAGCAUCAAAUUGAUCUCAUUCCGGGAGCUUCUUUGCCUAAUAGGCCAGCAUAUAGAAGCAACCCACAAGAAACCACUGAAAUUCAAAGACAAGUGGAAGAACUCAUGAACAAAGGGUGGGUAAGAAAUAGCAUGAGUCCUUGUGCUGUACCGGUGAUUUUGGUACCAAAGAAAGAUGGGACUUGGAGAUUUGUUGUGAGUUCGAAAGGAGUGCAGGUUGAUGAGGAAAAGAUCAAAGCCAUUCAAGAGUGGCCCACUCCUAAAUCCGUGGGUGAUGUAAGAAGUUUUCAUGGCUUGGCCAGUUUCUACAGGAGGUUUGUAAAGGACUUUAGUACCUUGGCAGCACCCCUAAAUGAAGUGGUGAAAAAGAAUGUGGGUUUUCAUUGGGGAAAGAAUCAAGAAGAGGCCUUUGCUGCCCUAAAGCAUAAGCUUACCCAUGCACCUAUACUUGCUUUACCUAACUUUGCUAAAUCUUUUGAACUUGAAUGUGAUGCUUCAAAUGUAGGUAUUGGAGCUGUGUUGCUUCAAGAAGGCCACCCAAUUGCUUAUUUUAGUGAAAAGUUAAGCGGAGCUGCCCUUAACUAUUCUACUUAUGAUAAGGAAUUGUAUGCUUUGGUGAGAGCUUUGAAGACCUGGCAGCAUUAUCUUUUGCCCAAGGAAUUCGUGAUUCAUAGUGAUCAUGAGUCGCUGAAAUACUUGAAGGGGCAAGGUAAGUUGAACAAAAGGCAUGCCAAAUGGGUUGAAUUUUUGGAACAAUUUCCCUAUGUCAUAAAACACAAAAAGGGGAAAAGUAACAUUGUGGCUGAUGCUUUAUCCAGGAGACACGUGCACAAUGGAUUUUUAUUUAAGGAAAACAGGUUGUGUGUGCCUAAAAGUUCCAUUAGAGAACUGCUUGUUAAAGAAUCCCAUGCUGGGGGACUAAUGGGUCAUUUUGGAGUCCAAAAGACUCUAGAAACUUUACAGGAACAUUUCUAUUGGCCCAAAAUGAAACAUGAUGUGAUCAAGUUUUGUGAACAUUGCAUUGUUUGCAAGAAGGCUAAGUCUAAGGUGAUGCCACAUGGUUUGUAUACUUCUUUGCCAAUCCCUGAAUACCCUUGGGUUGACUUGUCUAUGGACUUUGUUUUAGGCCUCCCUAGAACAAAGAAUGGUAAGGAUUCCAUUUUUGUGGUUGUUGAUAGGUUUUCAAAAAUGGCUCACUUUAUUCCUUGCAGGAAAGCUGAUGAUGCUUGUCACGUUGCUGAUUUGUUCUUUAAAGAAGUUGUAAGACUUCAUGGGAUGCCUAGAAGCAUAGUUAGUGAUAGGGACACCAAGUUCCUAAGUCACUUCUGGAGGACUUUAUGGGGGAAGUUAGGCACCAAACUUUUGUUCUCUACCACUUGCCACCCACAAACUGAUGGGCAAACUGAGGUGGUUAAUAGGACCCUAGGCACCUUGCUUAGGACUGUCCUUAAGGCCAAUUUAAAGGCUUGGGAGGCGUGUUUGCCUCAUGUUGAAUUUGCUUACAAUAGGGCUGUCCAUAGCACUACCAAUUGCUCUCCAUUUGAAGUAGUGUAUGGAUUUAACCCUUUGACUCCUCUUGAUUUGUUGCCUAUGCCUAACAUUUCGGUGCACAUGAGGAAGGAAAGGUUUCCAGAACAAAGGAAAUCCAAACUCCAACCUAGAGGGGAUGGACCUUUUCAAGUGCUUGAGAGAAUCAAUAACAAUGCCUACAAAAUAGAGCUUCCAGAUGGCGGAGAAUUUGAUUUGAGGUCAAAUCCUUUUCAAGAGGGAGGGAAUGAUGAGGACAAGGACAAGGACAAGGGUCAUGGAGCCCUAAAAGGACUUGGAGGACCAAUGACAAGGGCUAGAGCUAAAAAGGCCAAAGAGACUCUUCAGCAAGUAGUGGCAACCAUUCUUGAAGACAAAGUGGUAGAAGAGAUGGAACCAAAAAUCAUGAUGAUCAUUCAGGCCCAAGAAGAAGAGUAG